UCACCUUUUCGCCCGCGCGUCCCGGACCUAGCGGAGGAGGCUGGAACCGCAGCUUCCUGUUGAGUUUCCCUGUUUGAGGGACAGGAACUCCCUGCCGUACUGCUUCUCCCCCGCCCAUGGUAAUAACACCGACCAAGGGAAGAUUCCUGUGGCCGACGGGAGAAAAGGAAAAACUCGCACCCCGGACCUCCGAGCUCGGGCUUCGCGGGCACCGCAGGGAUCCACAUCCCGGUUCAAUGGCGCUGUAGUCGGUCCAGAAGGCGAACGUUUUCCCCGCUAGCAGCGCCCGAAACAUGGCGUCCACAGUGACUUUAGAGGAUGCCCUGUCCAAUGUGGACCUGCUGGAGGAGCUUCCUCUCCCAGACCAGCAGCCAUGCAUCGAGCCCCUCCCCUCGUCGGUCAUGUAUCAGCCCAACUUCAACACCAACUUUGAGGACCGAAAUGCCUUUGUUACCGGGAUCGCCAGAUACAUUGAGCAGGCCACCGUCCACUCUAGCAUGAAUGUGAUGUUGGAGGAAGGGCAGGAGUACGCCAUCAUGCUUUACACCUGGAGGAGCUGCUCCCGUGCAAUACCACAGGUUAAAUGUAAUGAACAGCCCAACAGAGUGGAGAUUUAUGAGAAGACUGUGGAGGUCCUGGAGCCAGAAGUGACCAAGCUGAUGAAUUUCAUGUACUUCCAGCGCACAGCUAUCGACCGUUUCUGUGGAGAGGUCCGCCGUCUCUGUCACGCUGAGCGCAGGAAGGACUUUGUCUCCGAGGCCUACCUGCUCACCCUCGGAAAGUUCAUCAACAUGUUUGCCGUGCUGGACGAAUUGAAGAAUAUGAAAUGCAGCGUCAAGAACGACCACUCUGCCUACAAACGGGCUGCUCAGUUCCUUAGAAAGAUGUCUGAACCCUCAUCCAUUCAGGAGUCACAGAACCUGUCCAUGUUCCUGGCAAAUCACAACAAGAUUACUCAGUCUCUGCAGCAGCAGCUCGAGGUGAUCAAUGGCUAUGAAGAGUUGCUGGCUGACAUUGUCAACCUGUGUGUUGAUUAUUAUGAGAACAAGAUGUACCUCACUCCCAGUGAGAAACACAUGCUACUCAAAGUAAUGGGGUUUGGCUUGUACCUCAUGGAUGGAAACAGCAGCAACAUCUACAAACUGGAUGCCAAGAAGAGAAUAAACCUCACAAAGAUUGACAAGUUUUUCAAGCAACUCCAGGUGGUCCCUCUGUUCGGUGACAUGCAGAUUGAGUUGUCCCGCUACAUCAAGACCAGUGCCCACUUUGAAGAGAACAAAUCCAGGUGGACCUGCACGUCUAUAUCCAGCAGCCCCCAGUACAACAUCUGUGAACAGAUGAUUCAGAUCCGCGAGGAUCAUAUGUGCUUCAUCUCGGAGCUGGCUCGCUAUAGCAACAGUGAGGUGGUAACUGGAUCAGGGCGCCAGGAAGUCCAGAAGACAGAUGCAGAGUACAGAAAGCUGUUUGACUUGGCCCUCCAGGGUAUGCAGCUGCUCUCCCAGUGGAGUGCUCAUGUCAUGGAAGUGUACUCCUGGAAGCUGGUGCACCCAACAGAUAAGUAUUCCAACAAGGAGUGCCCAGACAGCGCUGAAGAGUAUGAGCGAGCCACCAGAUACAACUACACAAGCGAGGAGAAGUUUGCUCUCGUAGAGGUCAUGGCUAUGAUAAAGGGACUCCAGGUGCUGAUGGGACGCAUGGAGAGCGUGUUCAAUCACGCAGUCCGUCACACCAUCUACUCAGCACUGCAGGACUUCGCUCAAGUGACUCUGCGUGACCCGUUGCGGCAGGCCAUCAAGAAAAAGAAAAAUGUCAUCCAGAGCGUCCUCCAGGCCAUUCGGAAGACCGUCUGUGAUUGGGAGACGGGUCGGGAGCCUCACAACGACCCAGCUCUCCGUGGAGAGAAAGAUCCCAAGAGUGGCUUUGACAUCAAGGUGCCCCGCCGCGCCGUGGGGCCCUCCAGCACGCAGCUUUACAUGGUGAGGACUAUGCUGGAGUCUCUCAUUGCUGAUAAAAGUGGUUCUAAGAAGACUCUGCGCAGCAGUCUGGAGGGUCCCACCAUCCUUGACAUUGAGAAGUUUCACCGCGAGUCCUUCUUUUACACCCACCUGCUGAACUUCAGUGAGACCUUGCAGCAGUGUUGUGACCUCUCGCAGCUGUGGUUCAGAGAGUUCUUCCUGGAGCUCACCAUGGGUCGCAGGAUCCAGUUUCCUAUUGAGAUGUCCAUGCCAUGGAUACUAACUGACCACAUUUUGGAGACCAAGGAAGCUUCCAUGAUGGAGUAUGUGCUGUAUCCUCUGGAUUUGUACAACGACAGCGCACACUAUGCCCUGACCAAAUUCAAGAAGCAGUUCCUUUACGAUGAAAUAGAGGCUGAGGUCAACUUGUGCUUUGACCAAUUUGUCUACAAGCUGGCUGAUCAGAUAUUUGCCCACUACAAGAUUCUAGCAGGAAGUCUUCUGCUUGACAAACGCUUGAGAACUGAUUGCAAGAACCAGGGGGCCAAUAUUCCCUGGCCUGCUUCCAACCGUUACGAGACACUACUCAAACAACGCCACGUGCAGCUCCUAGGUCGAUCCAUUGACCUAAACAGACUCAUCACUCAGAGGGUGUCUGCUGCACUUUACAAGUCUCUGGAUCUGGCAAUCAGUCGCUUCGAGAGUGAGGACCUCACCUCCAUCAUGGAACUGGAAGGCCUUCUGGACAUCAACCGUAUGACGCACAAGCUCCUCAGCAAGUUCUUGACUCUGGACAGCUUGGACGCCAUGUUCCGAGAAGCAAACCACAAUGUGUCCGCUCCUUAUGGCCGAAUAACCCUGCACGUCUUCUGGGAGCUCAACUAUGACUUCUUGCCCAACUACUGCUACAAUGGCUCCACUAACAGGUUUGUACGCACCAUCCUGGCCUUCUCACAGGAGUUCCAGAGGGACAGACCGCCCAAUGCUCAACCCCAGUAUCUGUAUGGGUCAAAGACGUUGAACCAGGCGUACAGCAGCAUAUUUGGCGCCUACAGGAACUUCCUGGGUCCCCCACACGUCAAGGUCAUGUGCAGACUGCUGGGCUAUCAAGGCAUCGCUGUGGUGAUGGAGGAACUACUGAAGGUUGUCAAAAGCCUGCUUCAGGGAACCAUAAUGCAGUAUGUGAAGACCCUUAUGGAGGUGAUGCCCAAGAUCUGCAGACUACCUCGCCAUGAAUACGGCUCACCAGGUAUCCUGGAGUUCUUUCACCACCAGCUCAAGGACAUUGUUGAGUAUGCUGAGCUGAAGACAGUGUGUUUCCAGAACCUGCGGGAAGUGGGCAACGCCAUGCUGUUCUGUCUGCUGAGCGAGCAGAGCCUGUCCCAGGAAGAAGUCUGCGAUUUGCUUCACGCUGCACCUUUCCAGAACAUCCUUCCCAGAGUCCACGUCAAAGAGGGAGAACGUCUGGAUGCCAAGAUGAAGCGCUUGGAAGCCAAGUACACAGCGCUACAUAUGGUUCCGCUGAUAGAGCGGCUUGGCACCCCACAGCAAAUUGCCAUUGCUCGCGAGGGCGACCUUCUGACCAAAGAGAGGCUGUGCUGCGGUCUGUCCAUGUUCGAGGUCAUCCUCGCACGCGUACGCGGGUUCUUGGACGACCCCAUCUGGCGUGGACCGCUGCCCAGCAACGGCGUGAUGCACGUGGAUGAGUGCGUGGAGUUCCAUCGUCUCUGGAGUGCCAUGCAGUUCGUGUACUGCAUCCCUGUGGGAGCCCAUGAGUUCACAGUGGAGCAGUGCUUUGGCGACGGCCUCCACUGGGCUGGCUGCAUGAUCAUAGCCCUCCUGGGACAACAGAGACGCUUCGACAUUCUGGACUUCAGUUAUCACCUUCUAAAGGUGCAGAAACAUGAUGGCAAAGAUGAGAUCAUCAAGAGCGUGCCACUGAAGAAAAUGGUCGACAGAAUUCGGAAAUUCCAGGUCCUCAACGAUGAGAUUUUUGCCAUCCUGAACAAGUACCUGAAGUCUGGAGAUGGAGAGAACAUGCCUGUGGAACACGUCCGAUGCUUCCAGCCACCAAUACACCAGUCCCUUGCCAGCAGCUGAGAUGCUCCUGCUGCCGCUGUUGAGACUUUGGACCAGCGUGAAAUUUCAAACACUGUCAGCAUUACCAGAGUAUCUACAAUGAUUCCUCCUCAUUUACUUUAGGUCUUUAGUAACAAAGGACAAUUAAAUGUAAGGAUGUUGGGUCACACAUUUGUCAAUUAUUUCUUGUAUUCACUUGUGCCUUAUCAAAAAUGAAAUGAUUAUACCCUUUUUUUGGAUAAACUAUUUGUGGUUUUAUACUUGCAGGAAGUAAUAGAUCAGGAAGGGGAAAUCGGUUUUAUGAGAUGAAUAUUUAAGGGUUUGCAGUGCUAGAAUAUUAUGGGUGAACAAUAACCUAUUUUAAAUGGAGGUGAAAGUUAAUUUUGUAUUUUCAUUGUUGCUGAACGAGCAUGCUAAACAUUUUAAAAGUAACAAAGUUUAUACGCAUGUUAUGCAUUUAUUCACUGCCUUGUGUUUCAAAUGUUUUAAUCAUUUUAAGUCAAUAAAUACGUAACAAAUCUGA